GCUUUACACACAGAAAAGUUCAAGUGAUCGGCAAAUGGGGCAAACCGUAAAAUUUGGAAGAGCUCCAUCCCAGAUUGGUGUCUCAAGGGCCCGUCCAAAGGAAGCAUGGCAGCAGAAGUUGAAUGAGCAAAGAAACCUUCAAUUGUACAGUGAAAUCCAAAAAAUUUCAGAUUGUUCUGAGCCAGAGGAACCAGAGGACCAUCAACAAGCCAUACAGCUCCUCUCUAGAAGUAUAUGUUCCUCUGAAAUUUUUCAUCUGCUGUCUGCAAAUAGUGUAAAUGCAUGCUUUGGGAAUGGAACACUGGAUAAGGGCAAGGAUGGUGAGGGGAACAACACGCUCAACCUCAAUGCUCAUGGAGAAAUCAAGCAAAGGGUGGAUGAAGUUACGGCUCUACUAUUCAGUGGAAAUGUUCACCGCACAAGACAUCAGAAAUACAAGACUAGGCACACAAGCAGCAUAAGUUUGGGUGCCAUGGCAGAAUGGUUGAAAACCAAGCUGGUGAACAUAGUACAGAGGGGAUGUGGAACAAAGAGGGAGGACAGAAGACUCCAAACAGUACAGAUGCAUGCAGCCCUCUCAGUAGCAAGGCUGGCUACAGCAGUUGCAGGGAUUAUUGGAAACUACCCCUUUGAGUCAACCCAUUUGAGUGGCAUUGCCACAACUGAUACGGGAAAAGAUGCAGACAAAAAGAUGCAUGCUGCAAUUACCUCAGCUGCAUCUCUGGUUGCAGCCUCGUGUGCUGAGGCUGCAAAGUCUGCCGGAGCUACUAGGGAACAGGUUUCAUCAGUCAUCAACAUGGGCUUAGAGUCUCGGGCAAUGGGAGAUUUGCUCACACUGACUACAAGCGCAGCAGCCUGCCUAAGAGGAGUUCAAGGCUUUAAGAUGCGGACAAUAAGCAAUUAUGCCUUGGAGGACCACAUGAACAGCCAGAAAGGUGCCAUACUUCCUGUUCGCACACCUGAGGGAAGGCUCCAUACCAGGAUGGUUUCCGUACACUGCAAGCAUGACAAUAUAAUACUAACAUUAGGCAAGAGGCGUAGUUUCACAACCUCUGAAAAGUAUGUGAUCUUCGACGAACAAGGCGAGCGAAAAGACUCCAGCUAUUCGACAGAUGGACACAGCAACAACACAAUAAAUCUCUCAACAUCUGGUGGAACCGUUCAGUUAUUAUUUGAAGAACAUGAACAAUACAGCUCCUGGAGGUCAUUCAUCAAUAACCUUAUAAUGAGCAAGAGGGCAAAGCAAUCUUACCGAGUCACAACUUAAGCCUCGCUCUAACUUUCUUGCAAACCCAUGUAUUUCUUAUACUUUGAAAUUUCAAUGCUAUCAGUAACCAACAUCAUAUAAUAAAACUUACAGUU